CUCUACAUAACUCUACCACCACAAAUCAUGAAGACAUCUCUGGUCCUCCUUACCCUCAGUCUACUGGCUUGUUCAGUUUGGGAAGUCUGUGGACAAUGUCAAGAGGUUAACCUUGAUGACCAGGAAGACCAGGAAGUAGUAGAAGCACAGCCAGAAAAGCACAUGGUGCAACAGUUAAAGGGAACAUGCUGGGCGUGUAAGUGGGCACUGAACAAAGUGAAGAAACACAUCUCCUCUUCCACUAGCCAAGCGCAGAUAAAGCAGAAGCUAUUGUCUGUUUGCAAUCAAAUGGGCCUCGUUAAAUCUCUGUGUAAAGGCUUGGUGAAAAAGCACUUGUGGGUUUUGGUUGAGGAGCUUAGCACCAGUGAUGACGUGACGACCAUCUGCAUUAACAUUAAGGCCUGCAAACCAAAAGCCGUUUUGGAUCUGAGCUACUGAUCAAGCAGCCAGUAUCCAGAUUCCAAAGUGAGAAGAAGGAUGCUAAGGUGUCAAGACAAUGCUAUGCUGCCAGCCUCUUGCCUUUUCUCAAAUUAGUCAUGACACAAGCAUGAUAUGUUAUUGGAAUGAUUAUAUGUUCUGAAAUAAUGUUUUUGGAACAUUAUUCUAAUAGUCUAUUAUUCUCUGAAUUCUGAAUGUUUGUGUGAACUUUUUGUCCAGCCAAAAAUAUACUUAAUUGAAUAAAAAAUA